AUGGAAUGGGUGAUGGCUGAGGAGACAAGGAAUGGGACUUUGGUCCAGGAGUUCAUCCUUGAGGGGUUCCCUGUAGCUGAGCACCUGAGGAUCCUCUUCUUCCUACUGCACUUGCUGGCCUACUUGGCCUCCCUCAUGGGCAACAUGCUCAUAAUUACCAUCACCUGUGUGGACCACCGACUGCAGACGCCCAUGUACUUCUUUCUCAGCUCGUUCUCCUUUGUGGAGUGUUGUUUUAUAACUACUGCUAUCCCCCAGCUCCUCACCAUCCUUCUGUCAGGGAGGCAAAAAAUUUCCUUUGGGGCCUGCUUCUCACAGGCCUUUGUCUAUCUUGUCCUUGGGGCAACAGUUUUUUUCCUUAUGGCUGUGUUAUCCCUGGACCGCUUUCUGGCCAUCUGCAAACCUCUACAUUAUCCAACAAUCAUGAGCCCAAGGAUGUGCUUCCUUCUCGUUACUGUCUGUUUAUUUUUGGGCUUCCUCUUCAUGGCCAGUCCAGUUGUGAUGCUUUCCCAGUCAUUUUACUGUGGCCCAAACAUUAUUCCUCACUUUUUCUGUGAUUUUGGACCACUGGCAAAUCUCUCCUGUUCAGAAACCAGGUCUAUUGAGAUGCUGUUUUUUACCCUUGCUAUAAUUGUGCUUUUUGCUUCCUUUCUUAUAGCCAUCUUUGCAUACAGCAAUAUAGUAGUCACCAUAGUGAGACUCCCUUCAGCCAGGGAGCGACAGAGAGCUUUUUCCACCUGUUCCUCUCAUCUCAUUGUCCUCUCUCUAAUGUAUGGCAGCUGUGCAUUUAUAUACCUGAAGCCAAAGCAGAGAAGCAGAGUGGACAGCAACAGAGAGGCUGCUCUUGUGAACACAGUAGUGACACCCCUUCUGAAUCCUGUCAUCUACACCCUGCGCAACAAGCAGGUCCACCAGGCUCUCAGGGAUGCUCUGUCCAGGCUUCAAUUACACAGAUAUCAGAGGAGGAAGGCUCCUUUCCUUUGA